AUGGUUACGCAGAAGGCGUUGUAUGAAACAAAAAUGCUGGACGGAAAGAAAGAGACCCGAAGAUUUUGUGCAGUGAAGGCGGAUGGUUGCAAGGAGAAAAGGAAGACGGAGAGAGGAAGAGAGACUGGAACAAGGGUGGUUGGGAAAACACAAGAAUAUGGAUGGAGAAGACAGACGCACACGCAGGCACACACAGACACGUACACAUGGAUCACAUUCACACACGAACUCGAUGGGCACAGGGCACGCAUCGAGUCGAGUCUCGGUUCAUCUACAUCCACCUCUACCUCUACCUUUACCUACUUCAGGGCAUUGGACUUGUUGAAGUUCUAA